CAGCUCCGCCAUUUUACGCUCCCUAUCACCCGCGUCUCACGUCCGCCAUUUUACCUUCCAUCUCACCCGCCAUCUUACACCCGCCAUUUUACACCCGCCGCCCAGCUGUACCAUUAGCUUCCCUCCUGCUCCUCCAGCCUUCAGCUCCUCUCACAGAAAUCGCAAAAGUGAUGUACAGCAGCGAGGGUGUGGUCGAGCGCCAGCGGUGGACGGAGAGGAGGCGGGUCGAAUGGCAGGAUGAUGAAAAGCACAAAAAUCUCUACGGAAAGCAGAAAUGUUGGAAAUCGUCGGCACCUAACUAGUCCCGCACCGUUUGACACGGAUCAUACCUCAAAUCGCUCGGAAAUCUCGGGAGCUCCAUGAUGGUCACAGGCCCUUAAGCCAGGACCUCGUCUGAAUUCUUCACCCCACGAUGAGCUCCUCGUCGUCCCCGACCCUGCAGCUAGCAAAGGGCAUGGAUCAGGACGAGGCAUCGCCUCUCUUUCCUUCCCUCUAUCCUACGUCUCUAGCGGUGGACCGAGGAACUGUGUGUAUCCCUUCUCCGUAUGCAGAUAACGGUCACGCCGAGAUGUCAUUUUACGGUCCAUCUGUGCCCGAGAACUCAGCCAUGGCACCUCCGCUCAGCCCGUCGCUCUUCUGGCCCUCGCACAGCACCCACCCCGUGCCCUCUCUCGCCCUGCACUGCCCGCCCGCGCUGCCAUACAGCGAGCCACAGAUACACACCGCCUGGAUCGACGCCAAGCCACACGCCGCGGGUCGAAACAGCUCUUUUCUGUCUCAUUCGAAGCUCUUCGGGAAGGGGACGGAAGACGGCGACGAAGCUCCGAACUCCUCUUCCUCGUCGUCGGGCGCCGUGGCCAAAAGCGAACUGCACUUUUGUGUUGUGUGUCAUGACUACGCGUCAGGCUACCACUACGGCGUCUGGUCCUGCGAGGGCUGCAAGGCGUUCUUCAAGAGGAGCAUUCAAGGACACAACGACUACAUCUGUCCAGCCACCAACCAGUGCACGAUCGACAAGAACCGCCGCAAGAGCUGCCAAGCCUGCCGUCUACGCAAGUGCUACGAAGUGGGCAUGAUGAAGUGCGGUGCACGGCGUGAGCGGUGUGGUUAUCGAGUCUCCCGCCACCGCCGGACCGCCCAGAUCAGAGACGGCUCGGCCAGGCUUGCGGGGGUCGGAGGUCAAGCCCAGAGACAUCCUCACGCCCCUCUCCAUCUCUCGCUUUCUCUCCCGGACCCCAGGGUGCCAGCGGAGAGCGGGUUUUCUGGUUUGUCCCCCGAGCAGCUGGUGCACUGCAUCCUAGAGGCGGAGCCGCCGCAGAUCUACCUGAGGCAGCAGAUGAAGAAACCGUACACGGAGAGCACCGUGAUGAUGUCGCUCACGCAGCUCGCCGACAAGGAGCUCGUCUUCAUGAUCAGCUGGGCCAAGAAGAUCCCAGGUUUCGUGGAGCUGAGCCUGGCCCAUCAGGUGCACCUGUUAGAGUGCUGCUGGCUGGAGGUGCUCAUGCUGGGCCUGAUGUGGAGGUCUAUCGAUCAUCCUGGAAAACUCAUCUUCUGUCCGGACCUCAAACUCAACAGGGAGGAGGGAAGCUGUGUUGAGGGGAUCAUGGAGAUCUUUGACAUGCUCCUGGCCGGUUCCUCCAGGUUCAGAGAGCUGAAGCUGCAGAAGGAGGAGUAUGUCUGCCUCAAAGCGCUCAUCCUGCUCAACUCUAGUAUGUACGUGUCGUCGUCGGAGAGUGAGAAGGAUCUGGAGAGCAGGGCGAAGUUGCUGCGGCUGCUGGACGCCGUGACGGACGCGCUGGUGUGGGCCAUCUCACGAACGGGUUUAUCCUUGCAGCAGCAGUCCGCCCGCCUCGCUCACCUCCUCAUGCUGCUCUCGCAUAUCCGACAUCUCAGUAACAAAGGCAUGGAGCACCUUUCCAGUAUGAAGCGGAAGAACGUCGUGCUGCUGUAUGACCUGCUGCUGGAGAUGCUCGACGCCAACACGGCUCACAGCAGGCGCAUGUCCGGCGGCGGCGCGCGCUCCGACGCCGCCACCCGAGAGACUGCGCUGAACACGCGCGGGGUCGUGACCCCAGUGACCUCGCCGAACACACCCACGCCCCCUCAGAUCCACAGUCCCGUCGCUCAUCAACUCACACAGGUGAACGAGUCACAGUGCAGCCAGGAGUGAGUGCUAUCCCAGUCUCUCUCUCUCUCUCUCUCACACACACACACACACACACACACACACACACACACACACACAGAGACUCGUCCAUGGAUACACACGUCCCUCUGGCUACCAAAUUCUUUCCCAUUUCACAUUUAAGCUACUGAAGUAAAGCUUCCUCGGUCCGCCCUAGCUCGAUCAGGUGACCCAGAAUGCAUUGCAGCUCAUUUCCUGCUCACAAUGUGGCGAAGGUUCUUUAUAGUUACUGUAUUUUCCGGACUAUAAGAUACAGAAAUUGUUUUUGUAGUAAAGAGUAAUUGUAGGCGUUUACAGUUGGCCUGCUACUCUAGCACGUAUGCUAGUUUGCCCCCUUGUUAUAGUUUUAUAGCUCUAACUUAACAAUAAACACACACCGUAGCCGUGUUACCGGAAAUUAGCGUCAGUGUACGAGCAAUAACCCGAAAAAAAAAAAAAAAAGAUAAG